AGAGGUUGCCCAGAAUAGUUCCGGUUUGUUUCCUGUCUUUGUAUUAUUAUAAAAAGAGCUCCCUUUCACUGUCUAAAGCGUGCCAGAUGAAGACAAAUGACAAUAUCUUCCUAGUUCUAGUCAUUUUGGUUUCAGCUAGGAAUGAGGCCGGGAGGGAAAAGGAGGCGAGAGGGGCGUUCCCUCUACUGGGUCCCGCUCUCGACUUCCGGUAGCCCGAAGACGCUAAUUUCGAAACGUGAACAUCUGCAAGGGCGGGCAUCUGUUGUUCCAUUAAGAGCUGUGUUAGCUGAAGUGAGACUCGUUUUCUGACUUCUCUUGGGGAGACUGAGAAAUUAAGUAAUAAUACUUCCUGAAACCAUCAGGAAGAAAAAUGUCAGUGACACUGCAUACAGAUGUAGGUGAUAUUAAGAUAGAAGUCUUCUGUGAGAGGACACCCAAAACAUGUGAGAAUUUCUUAGCUCUUUGUGCCAGUAAUUACUACAAUGGGUGUAUAUUUCAUAGAAAUAUCAAGGGUUUCAUGGUUCAAACUGGAGAUCCAACAGGUACUGGAAGAGGAGGUAACAGUAUCUGGGGCAAGAAAUUUGAGGAUGAAUAUAGUGAAUAUCUUAAGCACAAUGUUCGAGGUGUUGUGUCUAUGGCUAAUAAUGGCCCCAACACCAAUGGAUCACAGUUCUUCAUCACCUAUGGCAAGCAGCCACAUUUGGAUAUGAAAUACACAGUAUUUGGAAAGGUAAUAGAUGGUCUAGAGACUCUAGAUGAAUUGGAGAAGUUACCAGUAAAUGAGAAGACAUACCGACCUCUUAAUGAUGUACACAUUAAGGACAUAACUAUUCAUGCCAAUCCAUUUGCACAGUAGCCGUAAUAGAUCUGGAAAAAUAUUUGGCAGACUAUUCAGAGGAACACACCUACUGUGGCUUACCCAGUUUUAAUUAUGUCAGGAGACUGCAUCAUCGUUCUGCUUGUUUACAACUAAGAUCUACUAAGAGUUGGUGGUACCAAAGGGCCCUAAACAGCUUUUAUUCCAUUAGAGCAUACUCCUUACUAAAACUAAUAUUUAAUGUA